AACGCAAUGGCAAGUAGUCGAAGAAUUUUUGUUUUUUUAGGUCUUUUAAUGACCAUAGUGUGUACUGAAGCCAUACCAAGUUCUAGGAUUUUAGGCGGUAUCGAUGCUUCAACUGGCCAAUAUCCAUGGGUAGCUUCUAUACGCGUAGAUGGUGCUCAUGCUUGCGUGGGAUCUGUAAUAAAUGAAGAAUUUAUUGUUACUGCUGCUCAUUGCGUUUCAUCGUUGGGUGCCACAUCAAUUGAUAGUAUUCGUGUAACUGCCCGUGUUGGCAGUGUUAAUCAAUUUGCUGGCGGACAAAUUGUGAAAAUUAAAUCAAUUGUUAUUAAUCCUUCGUACGGAAAUUUCUUGCAUGAUAUUGCUCUUUUAAGGGUGGACCAACCUUUAGUAUUCAGUGAUAAAAUUAAUAAAAUUUUGCUGGCCAGCGAUGAAGAUGUCAUUGAAGAGGGUACAUCAGUAUCAGUCACUGGGUGGGGUUUGCAGGAAAGCGGAUCAUCUCCAUAUAAACUUCAAUAUGCAACAAUGUCUGUUUUGAGUGGCCCAGAAUGUGAACUCCAAGCUGGAUACGGUUAUAAUUCAGUCAUAUGCUUGCAACAUUCUGAAAAUAAGGGAAUCUGUCGUGGAGAUGAUGGUGCCGGUGUUGUUGCUGGUGACAAAUUAGUAGGUGUGGCAAGUUUUUCCUUCGGAAGUUGUGGCACUAAAUAUCCUGAUAUAUCCAGCAAAAUUUCCUACUACAGUUCAUGGAUUAACAGUGUCAUUGCAUAGAAUUUACAUAUAAUAAUUUAAUAAAAUCGGUGACAUAAAGUAC